AAGGCGCGAGUGCGCUAGUGUGUGAGAGGAGCUCAGUGAAGUAGUGAGGUAGCUCCAGAUCACUGCGAAUGAAUAUGGCGGAGACCGUUCGCUCGCAGUUUGACCGCCGUGAACCUCUGGCGAUGGACAGAGACCGAGACGGAGAAGCCAGCAAACCGAUGCUGCCCCGGGGACGUGGCUGCAGUCGGAAGAGAAAGGGCACACCGGUGAAAGUGUGUGAUCGAGUAUUUGCCACAGAAGAUGAUGAGGAGAACACGUUGGAACACAGCUAUGGACCAGGUAAUAGUCAGGGAAGGACUGAGCACAAACACAGAUCUGGUCCAUACUGCACCUCUGAAUCUGCUCAAACCUGUCCUGCUGAGACAGGGGAGCAGAGCUCCAGCAGUGGGAGAGGAGCCGUUCUCUACCCGCCGCCCAACUGCCGCAUCCGAGAGGUGCACUGUGGCAAUCAGGUGCGUCUGGUCGUGGUCGCCAUUCGUGACAUCACCAAAGGCGAAGAGAUCACCGUCGACUAUAAUCCCAGCGAGUGGGGUGAAAAUGCUGUGACAAGGGGUUUACCUGGCUCAGUGCCUGCUGCAGCUAGCGAGUCAUCUCCAGACCAUGAGAAGAACAUUAAGAAGGAGGAGGAGUCUGGGUCUGGUCCUGUAUCGGAUUAUGUCACUCCGUCCUGGUCCCUCUCUCCUAAAUCCUCUCAGCUCUCUCACUCUGAUCUCAGCGACUCAGAUGAUGCAGAACCACGUAGCCGGACGCCUCUUCGCCGCAAAAAGAACCGCAAAAUAUCAGCUGCGGCCAACACUAACGCUAACUCAAAUGACAAGAAGAAACCGCCUCAUACCCUGCCUCACCGGCCACCAGGCCGACCUCCAUCCCAGCCUCUACCCCACUCCCUGCCCUCGUGUCCCACUCAGCCUCCUGCACCCUCCAGGCCUGUGUUUAAAUGCCCUGCCCCUGCUGGGGUAGGGGGCAGCAAUGUUAAUAUGAGCGCAGGUAGAGGUGUGAGCCAUGUGAUGCAGAAGCAGUGUUGUGUGUACUGUGGUCGCCAUUACCGCUCUCUCCAGCGCCAUCUAGACAAGCACCACACCCACCAACAAGAUGUACGUGCAGCCAUGUUGAAGUCACAAGGCUCCGCCCACCUGCCUCAUUUCCAUGCUUCUCUGCCUUCAUCCUCCUCCUCCUCUUCCUCUGCCUCUGGCCACAAUCACAACCACAGAGAAGCCAUUGUUGUACCCACACAACAGUCUCCACCCCCUCCUCCUCCUCCUUCUGUUUCUCCGGCCAGAAAGAGCCCUGCUCUCACAGUCCCCUCCCUGCGCAAAAGUCCCGCCACUCCUCCACCCACUACACCGCCCAGGCGGGGAGGAGGUGUCCCUGUGUCGGUGUUAAAGAGAAGCCCACCCACACCGGUGACCCUGCCCCGGAAAGCAGGACGCAAAAAGAAAGAGAAAGAAGAAUUAGACGUGAUGGAGAAGAUGAAAGAGGAGUUUGUUGAGGUGUUGAAGCAGGUGGAAGACCCUAAAUUGGAGGAGGAAGAGAAUGAAGAAGAGGGAGAGGAAGACUAUGACAGCAGUGCAGAGGACAAGAGUGACCUGUCCAGUUCUCGCCGUCCCCACAUGCUGCCCCUGCUCUCAUCUCUCUCGUCCCUCGUGCUGUACCUGCGGCGUCUCCAGCACUCAGCCUUCAUCUCUCUCUCACGUUCCCCUCAGUCAGCUGAAGCCUGGCGUCUGCUCUGCCACUCCAGCCUGGCUCUUCUCAUCCUCUACAACCGCCGCCGUGAGUGCGAGGUCUCCAAACUCACCAUCUCUGAGUACCAGGCUCGGGUUAUCCCGCAGUCCUGUGCUCCGUUGCCCCCAAGUGCUCUUACUCCCCUUGAAGCCUCCCUUUCCCCAUUUGAGAGGCUUGUCCUUCCCCAUCUCCCUCGAGUGGGUGUUCAGGGCAAACGAGGACGAGUGCAGCCACUGAUUCUGCCCCCUCACUCGGAACAUUGCCUAGAGCUUCUUUUACAAACAAGGGCAGGGGUCGGGGUGGAUCCACAGAACCCGUAUGUGUUUGCUCGGCCAUACCAUUCUCCCGCCACUCCUCUGAGAGGUACAGACCUACUCAGAAAUUUGGCCAAAUCGAGCGGAACACGCCAUCCGAGAGCACUGACGCAAACACGCGUCCGUAGACAAGUGGCAAUCCUCACUCAGUUACUGAUGCUGAGCGAAGGUGAAGAGGAGGGACACCGUGGAGCUGCGCAGCAGAGAUUAGAGAACUUCCUCCAGAAAGAGUAUCAUGUGACCCAGAGUUGCGCGACUAUUGGUCAGGAUCCGGGCCUCAUGGGACUGAUUGGGCGUGUUGUACUGUGCGGGGAGAGAGACGGCGUGCUGUUCCGAGGAAUGAGUCUCCAUCAUAUCUGUUUAGAGCUAGACGUGAUGUCCGGGAAUUCUGCAGAUUCGUUGUCGGAGGAAUCCGAUGGAGAGCAAGAGAAGGAUAAGAGCGAGUCUUCUGCCAUCAUGAUUAAAAAGUCCUCCAGCAGCACCAAACCUCCUCGGAUCAAGAAGAUGUCCGGCUCUCCGUUCUCUCCCAAUCGCAAGAGGAGUCCAGGACAGGCCAAAACAGGUAAGCGCGGUGUCCUGAAGCGCCCGUGGUCAGAGGCGGAGCGGGCCGCGGUGGAGUCCCACCUGGUGCGGAACAUCAUGGAGCUGCGUGUGCCCGCUAAAGCGGACUGUGAGCGCUGUCUGGAGCAGUGUCCACUCCUGGUCACCAACCGCAGAGACUGGAGAGCCAUCAAGUUCUACUGCCACAACCGCAUCCAACUGCUAAAAAAAACACAGCAGCGACAGAGUCCGCCCACCUUGUCCGUCUGCUGAGACGGCCAAUCACAAAGCUUGCUAGGGAAAAGUGGGAGGAGUCAGAGGUAGGGAGAGAAUAUGUGAGGUGUACAGAUUUGAAGGUGUAUCCUGUUUUGUGUACAAUCACCAGGCAUUUUUAGUUAUUACAGCUAGAAGACUAGGAGUGUCAGCAUUUCUGCACAUUGAUGAAGAACUCUGAAACAGAAAAGAAAAGUUUUUUUAUUAUUAUUAUAUGUUUAGUUUAUUCUUCUUCUCAUGUUAAUUUAUGAGGACUUGGGCAAAAUGGAAAAUGUAUCCUGAUGAUAUUGUGAUAUUUCUGGAUAUCUCAAUACAUAAUGUGUGUUUAGUUUUUAACUAAAAAAAAUCAAGCCAAAUUCUGAACAUCUCUAAAUCCUUACUGAAGUUCUGAGGAUUCUUUAUCUAGGAUAAACUUCUUACACCCUAUACUUAAUCCUCAAGUGUAUCACGAUGUUCAAAUAUCACAAUAUCGAUAUCAAACCAUCACAUCGCCCAGCCCUACCAUACACAAUACAACACUAAUUUCAUUAGCUGUCCAUAAGGUCAGCUUCUACUAUUUAUUGUGAAAGUUUCAGCGGUGCUCGUCCCUCAUGAGCAACUCCUAAACAAAACACAGAAGAAAAGUGUCAUCUGAUACUGAACAGUUUCAUGUCCUUCUUCAUCAAAUCAUCAGCAUUGUUUUCACACAGAAAAAAAAGUCUUAAGUGUCAGGUUUGUGGGGUAUUAGACACAUUUCCUUCUGAGGUUUUAGAUAAAAGAAGAGCCGUGCAUGAAGGAAGGAAGGAGACAAGUAGGUGAAGGAUAAAACCCUCGUCUGAUCUCAUUAAUCAGACAUUUCAUGCACGCUUUUCUCCUUCAGUUGUUCAGGAGUUGUCUUUACGACCUUGACUGAACACAAAAAAAUAAUUUCCUACUUCAAAAAAAAAAAAAAAAAAAUAUAUAUAAAUAUAAAAACAGUAAA